AUGUUGAGCUCCGCGAGCGACUUCAGCAGCUUGAGCUUCAAGAUUUGCUGCGCUUUGAAUCUCAAAGGCAUCUUGCUCUUGGCCACCUCGCUCUGGCUGCUUUGGAACGAGCUCGCGUCCAAUUGCUUUCCGGAGGUGCCGUCCAAUGACUGUAAGGCCACUGUCCUGCCACCACUGUUCUUGAUGGCGAUCUUCUCGCUCUACGUGGGCGCCUUCCUCAUGGGUCUCUUCCGCGAGGCCUUCACCACCCUGCCGAGGAAGUUUAACGCGCGCUACAUCUCUGGAAGGAUCUCGUGGUUGGCUGGCAUGUUGAUGUUUCUCUACAACCUGCCCUUCAUGCUCUUCGUCUUCAAGCUGGGCUUGAAGCGUUUAUACACCGACCCAGAGACCUUGGAUCAAGACUCCGAGGAGGUCAUGGAGGUCUUCGGGAUGCUCUUGGUCGAGGUGAUGCUGGGGAUGCGUGCCUUCGCGGUGUGCCUUGUAGUGGCCAUUCUGUUGAGCUUCGCACGUUGGAGCGCCAUCCACGAAGCCUCGCUGGGACUCGUGACGUCCUGCGCUGCGACGUCCGCUUCUGCCGCGACGUCCAGCGCGUUUGUGGCGCGGAAGGCGGAGGAGUUCUACCGUCCCAGGAUCCAAGCGUGUGCCUUGGGUGGUGGCUUAGCGGGUGUGGCAGCUGCGCUGCUGUUUGCGUGGGUGUGCACAGUGCAGUUUGAAACGGUCCCAGCUGCGAUGCCGAAGGAGUGCUCCCCGGCGCCCAGGACGCCUGAGAACGGAAUUCGUUUCUCCACCACCGCGGUGCGAAUCCUUCGUGCCGCGGCGAAUCCAGAGGCGCGGGGAAGCUCCUCCGAGCCGGAACGGAAGCAAAAAGAGCCGGAAUGGGGCGGGCGACGGACGAACUUGGGCGACGCCAGGGUGAUUUUAGAACCAAAGGCGUAUUUGAUGGUGAUUUGUGUUGCAUCUCAGCUUGGUCCUCGACUCGAGCUUCUAGGCAAGCGUGCCGCACCAAAGCAGGAUCCGGGCAGUGCCAAGAAGGCGAAGAAGGAUCGGAGAGAGAAGUGUUGCAUCGCCACGGUGGAUGCCAUGCCACUGGACUCCAACGACUGGAACUCCGCUGAGCCCUGGCCCAAACGCCAAAACGGACGCCAGUCGACGACGGAGGAAGAAGAGCCGCAGCCGGAGGCUUCGCCCAAAGCCAAGGGAAAGGCCAAAGCAAAGGCCAAGGCUAAGGCUAAGGCGGAGCCCAAGCCGAAGGCCGAACCCGCCGAGCCGAAGGCCGAGCCCAAGGCGGCUGCGGAGCCGCCCCGAGAAGCGGAAGCGCCGGCGCCUUCGGCGGCCGCGGAGGCGGAGGCGGAGCAGAAGGCGGCCGAGGCGGCCUUCGACCUGGGCUUCGAGGGAGACGACUUCGAUGACCUCUUCCUGGAAGAGGGCGAAGAGGAGGAUUGGCUCGACGACGAUGAUCUCUUAGAUCUCGAGUCCGGCGAAGAGGACCUCUUCCUCGAGGAGGAUGAGGAAGAGGAGGAUUUAGACCCCGAUGGGGUGGUGGGACCACCGGGGGAGUGA